UUGCUGCCCAGAAGGAUUUCUGGCGCAACAGCUCAAGCCGACACUUCCAAGGUACAGCGGUCAGAAUCAGAAAUGAUUUAUCUCUGUCUUCCUUCUACCAACGCGAUGUGUUUAGUGGAUUACCGACAGAACGUUUUGUGAUGCACGUCACUAGUUCCGUAACCACGGAUGCGGUGGAAGCGGUCACCAUCGAUGGGUGUGCUCAGGAACCGUGCGUCGUACGAGCAGGUGGUACUCUCAAGCUAACCAUAAGGUUUACCUCACCAUUAAACAUGACGAAGCCGAAGUCACGCUUUUUAUACUACUCGACAUCCAAGUCAACUAGUCCGGAACGAGAAGACAAGUGGGGUGUCGCUUGUAAUUCGGAUGAAGAGAACUGUUUCAAGCUGAAUUCAAACUACAACUUCAAGGUGGAAUCCACGUUACCGAAUGAAA